CCCUAGUAGUCUCUCUCUCACUGUCUCCUCUUCUCUCUCUGAAGCCCUAACCAAAUGGCUUCUCGUCGUCUCUUAUCUUCUCUCGUCCGGUCAUCCGUACGCCGAUCUCCGUCCAAAUCUCCGAUUUCCAACUCCCACCCCAGGCUCUCCUCCCCAUCGCCCCCUCCCCACCGCGCGUCGCCCUACGGCUACCUCCUCUCGCGCGUGGCCGAGUACGCCACCGCCGCAGCCACCGAGACCAAGUCGGUGUCCCCGGCCGGGCCCAAGGAUGGCGCGAAGGGGAAAAUCACCGACGAGUUCACCGGGAAAGGCGCGAUCGGGCAGGUGUGCCAGGUCAUCGGAGCCGUCGUGGAUGUGAGAUUUGAGGAGGGGCUGCCGCCGAUCUUGACGGCGCUGGAAGUGCUGGACAACUCGAUCCGGUUGGUGCUUGAGGUGGCUCAGCACUUGGGUGAGAACAUGGUCAGGACUAUUGCUAUGGAUGGGACUGAGGGUCUUGUUAGAGGCCAGCGCGUGCUCAACACCGGCUCGCCCAUCACUGUGCCUGUUGGUAGGUCUACCCUUGGUAGAAUCAUGAAUGUCAUUGGAGAGCCCAUUGAUCACAGAGGCGAUAUCAAUACCGAUCACUUUCUGCCCAUUCAUAGAGAAGCUCCUGCCUUUGUUGAGCAAGCUACUGAACAACAGAUCCUUGUUACUGGAAUCAAGGUUGUUGACCUUCUUGCUCCAUACCAAAGAGGAGGAAAGAUUGGGUUGUUCGGUGGUGCUGGAGUCGGAAAGACUGUGCUUAUUAUGGAACUUAUCAACAAUGUCGCAAAAGCUCAUGGUGGUUUCUCCGUGUUUGCCGGUGUCGGAGAACGUACUCGUGAGGGUAAUGACUUGUACAGGGAAAUGAUUGAGAGUGGUGUUAUUAAGCUCGGUGAAAAGCAGGCUGACAGCAAAUGUGCUCUAGUGUACGGUCAAAUGAACGAGCCCCCGGGUGCCCGUGCUCGUGUUGGGCUGACUGGUCUGACUGUGGCAGAACAUUUCCGUGAUGCUGAAGGGCAAGAUGUGCUUCUCUUUAUCGACAACAUUUUCCGAUUUACUCAAGCUAACUCUGAGGUGUCUGCUUUGCUUGGUCGUAUCCCAUCCGCUGUCGGGUACCAGCCUACCCUAGCUACUGAUCUUGGAGGUCUUCAAGAGCGUAUCACAACCACCAAGAAGGGUUCCAUUACUUCUGUCCAAGCUAUUUAUGUGCCCGCUGAUGACUUGACAGAUCCUGCUCCCGCAACAACUUUUGCUCACUUGGAUGCCACAACUGUGUUGUCUAGACAGAUCUCUGAGCUUGGUAUCUAUCCUGCCGUUGAUCCCCUUGAUUCCACAUCUCGUAUGCUCUCUCCCCAUAUUUUGGGUGAGGAACAUUACAACACUGCUCGUGGAGUGCAGAAGGUUCUUCAGAACUACAAGAAUUUGCAAGAUAUUAUUGCCAUUUUGGGUAUGGAUGAGCUUAGUGAAGAUGAUAAAUUGACUGUUGCCCGUGCACGUAAGAUUCAACGUUUCUUGAGCCAGCCAUUCCAUGUAGCAGAAGUUUUCACCGGUGCCCCUGGAAAGUAUGUAGAGUUGAAAGAAAGCAUUCAGAGCUUCCAGGGAGUGUUGGAUGGUAAGUUUGAUGACCUUCCAGAACAGUCAUUCUACAUGGUUGGAGGAAUUGAGGAGGUUAUUGCUAAGGCUGAGAAGAUUGCCAAGGAAAAUGCUUAAGUCACACAUCUUUGUUCCUUUAUCUUGAUAACUGUGAAAACCCAAAUAAUUUAGGUGGCGCUGGCAAUGCCGGCGAACAGGAUUUUUCAUUUUUGAGACAAAUUGUAUGAGCAUUUCCCAUUUCAGAAUCAAGGAUAUUGCCGAGUGUGAGAGAAAUGGAGGCAAUGGCCUAUCCCCUUUUUCCUUGUUUUACAAUAAGGGGAAGAAAGAUAGAGGACAUGUAAAUUUAUUUUACCUUUUCAAUUUCCCAAACCUUGGAUGCGCUGAUGUUCAACUCUUUGUUUAUGUGAAUUACGUGAUGAGUUUCAAACCUCUU